AUGUGGUUGAAGAAAGAACUUCGUGACGGGCCGAAUCGGAAUAUAUACUGGUCAUCAACCCUAGACCUGUGUAUUCAGACCCCUUUUAUUAUCAUGCCAUUCAAAGAUAUCACGAACGAGUUUCGCAGAGCUGUGCAAGAGCAAGAGGUCAACAUCCCGGAGGCGAAACGGAGGAAAGUGGGGAAGCUGGCACGGACGGAGGAGGGCAAAGUGUCUCUGGACAAGACAUACAUCGCGGAAGCCCAGCAUAUUGCAAACUCUCGCAGCUCUCCUCUUUCACGACAAGGAUCGCGGAAUAUAGACCUUAGCGAAGGCUCGUCCUCGUGGGCGAACGUGAAGUACCUAUCGAACGAGGAACGAGACCAAAUAGACCUGCAGGCUCGCGUUAUCCUUAAACGAUGUUCUGACCGAGUGAAAGAAAUGGAGGCAAUAGAAGCGCGCCGCGCCGAGCUUGUCGCGAGCAAGACGAACCCUUUGACUCGCUUCCUUCCUGCACGAUUACGGCAAGACGAAGCCACCCUUUCUUCCGACGUCAUAGCUGCACAUCACGCCAGCAUAACCUGGUACCUCAGUCGCAGAUUGAUGGAGGCGAGUCAAAUUCAGAAAGAACUCCAAGAAGAACGCGUCAAACGCCAACUAGAACGGACGAGAACACUUGGAUCUGGGGCUGCACAAGAAGUUCUCUUGAUGAACACGGCGCACCAGCGGCCACCCCCGACACCGCAGCCAAAUUCGCCGCUGAUCAUGGGCCCAGGGGGCUGGCUGGAAAGUACGAUUGCCGCUACUAUUGGCGCGACAUCCCCACAAGAAUCGUCCUAUCGCAAGAUUCCUACACCACCUCUGAUAUCGGAUGACGAGGAUGACGACAUUGAGCUAUCUGUCUCACAGAUUAUGCAGUUCGAGCAGGAAAACGCCAAUAUCCUAAAAAGCGUGCAAGACACCCUGGAGUCGGUCCAGCAGGCAGAAUCCCGACUUAUGGAUAUUAGCGCCCUGCAAAUGGAGCUCGUCGCUCACUUGACGCAGCAGACGACUCUUACGGACCAACUCUAUGAGGAUGCACUUACUGCCACAUCUACUGUGGAAAAAGGCAAUUCACAGUUGAAGGAGGCGAAGAAACGGGCGAAGGAUGGACGCUUAUUCAUCCUGGUAUUUCUUAUUGGUGCCAGUUUUAGUUUGCUUUUCUUACACUACUAUUGA